UCUCUACGUACCUAUCGUGCGCGUUUGUGUACCGCUGUAGGUAUUCAUUUUUACGGUUAUUUUCAUUUGUGACUUGUGUUUGUGUACCUAAUGGAAAUGAAUAAUUUUGAUAUUUCAUCUGCGUCAGUGGAAAUACUCACAGCUGCAGAUGAUUUUUCAGACGAAACCUCUCUUUUAGAUAUAUUAAUUCRGUUGAAAGGCGAGUGUUUUUUCAAUACAUUCAUCGAAUAUGGGAUUUCAGUAGAAAGCUUAAGAUACGCGAACAGUCAACAUUUAAAUACCAUUUGUCCGAAUAAUAUGUAUGGUCAGCGAAUCAUUUUUGAAAACAAUUUAAAAAUAUGGCAAUCUACUAUAAACACAGGGGGAGAAGUUGUAACUACUACAGAAAGUUAUUCAUCAGAUUCCGCAGAAAGUUCUAACAGCUCAGCAUGUGCAAAAGCAGAGGUACCUACCUAAUUCUUGUUUCAUUCAUAAUAUUAUAUAUAAAUAUCAUAAUCAUUAAUUAACAACAGAGGUGCAGGUUUGAAAAUAUUAUAUUUAGUGGUGCAAUACAAAAUAGAUCUCCCCACAACCACAACAAAUAAAUAAGUAUACCUAUUUUUUUAUGUAUGUAAUUGUUUAGUAACUCCAAUUAAGUUGUUCGCACACUUUCCAUGUUAAC